AUGGCCGGAAACCGUAAGGUUGCAGUUGGCGGCCGCGGCGAUGACCGGCUCAGCGACCUCCCCGACGGCAUCCUCGAGCACGUCCUCUCCGUACUCCCUGCCGCGGACGCCGUGCGCUCGUCCGUGCUCUCCAGGCGGUGGCUCCGCGCCUGGGCCCACGCACCAGCGCUCAACCUCUCCGACGAGCGCCUCCAGGACCGGUUCCUCGGCUUCGCGCGCGAGGUCCUCGCGCGGUACGGCGCGCCCGACGUCCCCGCGCUCAAUGUGACCCUCGGCUGCGAGUCCAACCUCGGCCCCGCCGCCGCCACCGCGUGGCUCCGCGACGCCAUGGAGCGCGUCGUCUCAUCGGUCUCGGUCUCGGUGAUGGCGCCGGGGCCGCUGUGCCCGCUGACCCUCCCCCGCGGCCUGAGAGCCAAGUCGAUUACCCUGGUACCGAGCGGCAUCUCCUUCCAGCACGGCCCGCUCGUCCUCCCGGGGCCCGACGCACCGACGUCGUUCGGGGCGUUGACGGAGCUGAGCCUCUCGAGGGUGCGUCUGCAGGAACGCGUGCGCCCGCUCGGGGAAUUCCUGUCGUCGUGCUGCCCCCGGCUGAGGAAGCUGCUCCUUAGCAAGGUGAGUGGGGGGCUGGUUGCAGGCGGGGGGCUGCGCCUGUGGCCGCUCGUGCUCCACCUGGACAUGCUCGAGGAGCUCGUGGUCGAUCGCGUCGAGAGCUUUAACAAGCUGCAGGUGGUGUCUGCUAAUCUCCGGGUGCUGGGUGUGCACUCCUGCUUUGGAUCUGUGUCGCAGUGGGGCAUUUACACCGUGGUUGAGAUCUCGGCGCCGAGGCUUGAGGUUGUCGGUUGGUCCAGCUUUCUGCCGAGUGCCGAAGCACCUCAGCUUCCUGAACGGCAGUCAUUGCAUCCGGUGUCUGUCUGGUCUCCUUUUCUACUUGCCCGGGAAUGA